AUGGGUGGGUGCUUAUCUAGCGAUAAGGCGACGAAAGAGGAGCAAAGACCCAAUAGGAACGCACUCCCGUCAGGCGGCGAGCCGCCUAAAGUUUCCGCGGGUGCGCCCGCUCCAGAAGCAGGAAGCCAGCAGCAGCAGCAGCUGCAGCAGCAGGAGCAGCAGCAGCAGCAGCAGCAGCAGCAGCAGCAGCAUUCUGAGGAUCAAUGGCGGUUGCAGCAGCAGAAAGAGCAGGAGGCUCUUCAGCAGAAGCAGGCAUACGAGGCUCAGCAAAUGCAGGAGCAGCAGCAGUUACAGAUGCAGCAGCAGCAGCAAAUGCACUACCAGCAGCAGCAGAUGCAAAUGCAGCAUCAGCAACAACAAAUGUACAUGCAGCAACAGCAGCAGCAGCAGCAGCAGCAGCAGCAGUAUGGGGCAGAUCAGCAAGGGUAUAACCCUCAAUACGGUAUGCAACAACAGGACCCCAGGUACAUGCAACAACAGCACAUGCAGCAGCAGCAGCAGCAGCCCCCGCCUAUGAAUCCCUACCAGCAGCCCCCGCACCUAGCCCCUCCUCUUCCGCCAGGCUUCCAACAACCCGCCGCGCCUAUUCCCCCCCGCGGGUUACGACAAGUGAACGAGGAGGAGGAAGUUAACGACGGGCAGGGGGGUUGGGGAGGCGGAGCGCCCGCGGGAGCAGCAGGCGGGGGAGGAGUUAUUGGGUAUCAGGAACAGCCGGCGGAGCUACAGGAAUAUUCGUACCAGGAUUUAGUCGACGCGACGGAGGAUUUUCAGGAACAUUCGGUGCUGGGAGAGGGGGGGUUCGGAAAGGUUUAUAAGGGGUACGUUUUGGACCGGUUUCCCGUGGAAGGCGGGCCGCCUGUGACGGCGACGGUGGCGAUUAAGAAGCUGAACCCGUCGGGUUACCAGAGCAAAGUGGAGUGGAUGAGGGAGAUCCUGGUGCUGGGGAAGCUGAACCACCCCAACCUGGUGCGGCUGAUAGGGUACUGCGCGGAGCUCGAGGAGAUGCUGCUCGUCUACGAGUUCGUCCCCCGAGGCAGCCUCGACUACCAUCUCUGGCCGGCCCCCAACGUGCCCGCGGACCCCCUGCCGUGGCAAGCGCGACUGCGCAUCGCCCACGACGCUGCAUGUGGCUUGGCGCAUUUGCACGCUAGCAACUUCAUUCAUCGCGACUUUAAGGCUCCCAACAUUCUCAUUGCCGAGAAUUACGCGGGCAAGUUGACGGAUUUCGGGCUGGCAAAGGACGGGCCGGAUGCAGGGCAGACGCACGUGUCGACUCAGAUCAUGGGCACCAUGGGGUACCUUGACCCUCGAUAUGCUGAGACAGGCCAGCUGACAGUGAAGAGUGACGUGUAUGCCUAUGGGGUGGUCCUCUUAGAGCUCCUCACAGGCAAGAAGGCAAUGGGAAUCAGCCCUGGGGGCAAGCCCAAGACCCUCACCUCCUGGGCGCGCCCGUACCUCAACAAGGCUCGGCCGGACCUGGAGUCCCUUGUCGACCCGAACCUGAUUGACCCGUUCCCGGAGAAGGUGGCUCGGACGCUGGCGAUUUCGGCGAAGCACUGCAUUCAGGACGACACGAAUAUGCGACCCAUGAUGAGUGAUAUUGUCGACACUCUCCGGCCCCUCAACACCGCUAUCAACGGCCGCCGUUAA